UGAGGUUUCAGUGGAACUUGAGUCUUCUUUGUGAUCGCAUCAUGACGGGUAUUUUAGUGUUGUAUGGCACGGAUAUAAGUCCGCCAGUCCGGGCUUGUAAACUGACUUUGAGAGCCCUGAACUUGGACUACGAAUACAAAGAAAUGGAUCUUCUAGCCGGAGAGCAUUUCCACGAAGAGUUCCUCAAAAAGAACCCUCAACACACGGUGCCGCUCCUGGAUGAUAAUGGAUCCCUCAUCUGGGACUCACAUGCCAUCGUUUGCUACCUGGUGGACAAGUACGCCACAUCAGAUGAGCUUUAUCCCAGGGAUCUGGUAAAGCGGGCUCAAGUCGAUCAACGAUUGUUCUUUGAUGCGAGUAUCUUAUUCAUGUCCCUGCGGAAUGUUAGUAUUCCGUAUUUUGUUCACCAAGUAAAUCUGGUGCCCAAGGAGAAGGUAGAUAACAUCAAAGAUGCCUAUGGUCAUUUGGAGACCUUUCUUGGAGAUAAUCCCUAUCUGAAUGGAACCACUCUUACUCUGGCUGAUUUCUGCUGUGGAGCUACUGCCUCUUCACUGGCCGCUGUUUUAGAACUGGAUCAGGAAAAAUAUCCGAAGGUGGCGGCUUGGCUCAAGCGACUAUCUAAGUUACCUCAUUACGAGGAGGAUAACUCCAGGGGCUUAGUAAAAUACAUAGAACUGCUCAAACCCAACCUAAAACUAGAGCAAUAGUAGGUUGCAAAGCGUUAUAUAGUUAUAUAAUGGAAAAAAUAUGAUCAAAAACAUAAAGUCAAAUAAACAAAUAGCAGAUAAUAUUUGAGCAUCAUUUUGUUUCUUCAACGUAACUUAAAGUAUGUGCUAAUGCAUUUCCAAUUGUCUUAAAGCCAUUAAUUUAUUCUAAAUAAUGAAUUGCCAAAUUUUGAAAGACCCUAUACGGUAGAAUUUUUAUGACGCUUUAACCAGGUUUAUAUUAUAUCGAAUACACUGCCGUUUGUUACUUAAAGCAAAAUAAUAAAUGGAAAUAUGCUUAGGUUUGUUCAUUUAAUUGUUUGUGAGAAAAAACAGAGAAAAUAAAAAGUAAUAAUGAAUUUGUAUAAAUUGUAUAACUGUUAAAACUUAAAUACUGCUCCUUUUAAGGUUCCCAAAACUGCUGAUUCAUUACUUUACGAUGUGUCGCUCGAUAAACAAGUUAUUGGCCCCUAGGCGACCCUGUUAUUAUUAGAAAUAUUUAUAUAUUGAACCAAAAGAGAAAAAAAAGCUCUCUUACGUCAAAAGAGUAUUGUGAAAUACACAGUUCAAACAAGUGAGCUCAGCGAUAUACGUGUGGGUU